AGACCCUUUUAUUAAGAUGAUGGAAUUCCAUAUCCAUGGUGUAUGGAGACUAAUAUAUCUUAGAGAUUAUGUUAUAGAUUAGAAGAUAUUCCAAAUAUAUUGGAAAGAGCUAGAUAAAGAGUAUUUGAGUGGUCAAAGACUUUAUGUGGUAUGAAAUGAUUAUUUAAGAUUAGGAUUAUUAUCUGAUGAGAUACCUGUAAUUUCUGUGAGAUAAUUAAAUUAUGAACAAUUAAUUAUUAUGUAAGAAUGUUAAGCAAAUGAUUCAUUGGCUUAUAUUAAUGAGGAGAGAAUAUAGAAUUGUCUUUCAAUUGAAGUAUAUAAAAUAUAAUAAUAUAAUUAGUUAUAAGAAGAUGAAAGAAAAUGGUUUAAGAUUACUUAGGAAUAUUCGGAAGUGCUUAUGGAAAUUGCAGAUUAUUUAUUUGAAGAGUUGACUGAAGAAAUGGUUGUUGAAGUUUUUAUGAAAUGA